CAUGAAGAUUAAUUAAUUAGAGACUGGGACUUUCUUUAAUACAUAUAAAAUUUCGUCAAUGAACAUAUGUAACUAAACUCACAAAAUAAUAAAAAAAAUAUUUGACGCAUCCUACAGUCAGAAUAUCAAUUAUUUUUAUGUAAUAUUAAAGUGAUUGUAACAUGACAUUUUUUAACAACAAUAACAAGUAAAACCCACUUUAAGUCAUAAUUAAAUCGGCAUUUAAUUAUAACAAAAUUUAAUUGAAAAGCAAUAUCACAAGUGUCAAAAAUGGAGAGAAAAGAAGAGCAUACGUUUCAAGGUAGCGCCGGCGUCGACACGGAUCGUCUGAUGAAGGAACUGGGUCAAGUCGGAAGGUUCCACCUGAUCAACUACUUCCUGUUGUCGCUGCCAGUAUUCUUGGCUGCCGUUUACGGCAUCAAUUACGUAUUCUUAGCCGCCGAUGUGCCUUACAGAUGCCUCAUUCCCGAGUGCGAGCUGUCCAACAGCACAGAAUUCAAGCCUUCCUGGAUAGAGGGCGCUCUACCACCGGAUUCAGGAAGACAGCAGCGAUGCUACCGACGAUUGAUCGCUGAUCAGAGCAGUCUGGAUGACCAGAGCGUGUGCCAGCAGGAGAUGUUCACAGACGAGCUGCAGCCCUGCGAGCAGUGGAUGUAUGCCAGCAGAGAUACAAUCGUAGCUGAAUUUAAUCUGGCGUGCCAGGAGUGGAAGCGCACCCUGGUGGGAACGAUACAUAACAUAGGAAUGCUGGUCUCACUACCAAUCCUUGGAUAUAUAUCUGACAGAUGGGGUCGUAAGCGGGCUUUAAUUCUGAGCUGCACGCUCGUCGGCGCUAUUGGUUCUUUGAAAGCGUUCUCCAUCUCUUACGAGAUGUAUGUCAUCGUUGAAUUCUUGGAGACUGUCGCUGGAGCUAGCGCCUUCCCUGCUGCAUACAUUUUAAGUAAGUAGCAGACCUUUGCUACGGAAAAGAAUACAGUCCUAUACGUUUCAUAAUUUGAUCACGAACAUAAAGUUUUUCUUUUGUAUGUACUUAAAUGUUGAGUCGAAAAAACUACAAAGAAUUAUUUGGCUGAUUUUCAUUCAGUAAAAAUCCCCUUUAAACUUGAAAUUUUAUCUGCUUUUACAAAAUAAUAAUAGUUUCCGUUUUAUUUUCCAGCUAUCGAACUGCUUGGACAAGACAAAAGAGUUCUCACCACAGCGUUCUUAGGUAUCAUGCUAGUAAUCGGGGGCCUUAGCUUCGCCCUUCUCGCUAAAACGUUCAAUUACUGGAGGACUUUUAUAUUGGUGGUCUACCCUCCUUCAUUGUUGUUCUUAUUCUAUAUCUACCUCCUGCCAGAAAGCAUUAGGUGGUUAUUGUCCAAGGGGAGAAAAGAUGAAGCGGUAGAAAUAAUAAUGAAAGCUGCCAAGAUGAACAACGUGACACUUACUGAAGAAACUAUGAAGCAGCUGACGGAAGAAAAGACGAAGCCUGUAGACCAAAAGAAGUCUACAGAAGAAGAGUCAGGGUUAUGGAUGCAAGUGCUCAAAUCACCAAUAAUAAUGACGCGCCUAGCCAUUUGCUCGUGGUGGUGGAUCACUUGUACGUUCGUCUUCUAUGGUUUGGCUAUCAACUCCGUUUCGUUAGCUGGUGACAAAUAUACUAACUACAUGUUGGUAGUGAGCGUGGAAGUAAUCGCUGUGGUCACUAAUGCCUUGGUACUGGAUAGAAUCGGCAGGAAGAAGACGCUGCUGUCGGCUUAUACUGUUUGUGGAUUCUCGUGUAUAGUUAUCACGUUUGUGCCAAAGUGUAAGUUAUUAUAUAUUAAGCAAUACCUACUACUUUUGUACAAAAUAUGUUUAAUUAAACUUACUUGAUUUCCGCUACGAUCACUUUUUGGCCUUAAUAGAGACUGGGCUAGAAAAUAAAUUAUAAACAUAAACAUAGGUGGCACUUUUUUCCUAAUUUCUGAGGCGACUGUUUUCGUUGGUAUUUAUUAAAAAAAAGGAGAUCCAUGUGUUAAACUAUCUCUAUAAUAAGAAAAGAACGGGCAGUUAACCACCACGUGGACUUAGAACUGCAGAUUGAG